GCGGGCCACGUGCGGGAGGAGGGGCCGCCUUCUGGUUGGCGCCGGGUGUCCGUCCCUCCUAUCAGCUUAGGCCCCGCGAGGAAGACACGGGCUCGCCCUGGCUGGCAGGGCGGGGCCAGACACCUGUCCAUCACCGAGUCCACGGGUGGCAGCACCUACCACACCGCAGUACCUUGGAGAGGCGGAGCAGGGGCGGGCAGGUCGCGGCCAGGGGAGGCGGGGCAAGGCCGGCGGGAGCCAAUCGGCCCGGCGGCGCGAGGGGGCGGGGGCGGGGUCACCGCGCGCGACCCAAACACACGGGCUGGGCGCACCCUGCCGCCGCGCAGCUCCGCGGUCUUCCGGCGCGAGGGCCAGGGAACCUCCUCCCCUCCCGGGCACCCCCACCUUCGCGGCCCAGAUCCUCCCGCCAGCCCGGCCCCUCCUUCGCAGGGGGAGCGAGGCGACGGUUGCCGGGAAGCGCGCGCCACCCCUCCCUCCCAUUCUUCGUCCUUCCCUCGCGCGCCACCCGUUUUGCCUCUUUCUCCGUUAAUAACAGCUGGGUGGCUGGGGGAGGAGGGAAGGUGGCCCCGGCGGAGUCUGGGCCGGCGCCUCCCACUCAGCCGCCAGCCGCCGUGGGAGCCGGAGGAUGGCGGCGGUAGCAGCGGCCGCCCGAGAGGAGGCGGUGCCGAGGCCCGGGGCGCCGAGCGCGGCGGCAGAGAGCGGCAGCAGCCCGUCGUGGCGCACCAGAACCGAAACCAGCGGCAGCCGCACGGCCACCUGAGCCGCCCGUUCCUGCUGGAGCCAGCGAGGGGUGCCAGCCGCCGGGACCUCUUCCUCUCCGCGUCUCUUCGUCUCCUGCGCCCGCGUCAGGCCGCCGGCCUCGCCCACUGCCCCGAGAAGAGCGCGCCGGGCGCCGACUGCCCCUCGGGGCGCCGGGCGGCGGCCCUGGACGUGCGGGGGCCUCUCUGGGCCGGCCGCGGCGCCUCGGCCCUGCCCUCUAGCUCCUGCGCUCGCUCCCGCCCUCCCGGCUCUCGGGGCGCAGCGCGCGGGCCCGGCCCAGGGCAGGGCGGACAUGGGCGCCAAGCAGAGCGGCCCGGCCGCCGCUAACGGCCGCACGCGCGCUUACUCGGGCUCGGAUCUACCUUCCAGUAGCAGUGGAGGGGCCAAUGGGACCGCGGGCGGCGGCGGGGGCGCUCGGGCUGCCGCGGCUGGGAGGUUCCCGGCUCAGGUGCCCAGCGCUCACCAGCCCGGCGCCUCAGGCGGCGCCGCAGCGGCCGCGGCGGCCCCAGCAGCCCCGCGCAGCCGCUCCCUCGGCGGGGCCGUGGGGAGCGUGGCGUCGGGGACCCGCGCGGCGCAGUCCUCCUUCAGCAUCCCGAACAGCAGCAGCGGCCCUUACGGCUCGCAGGACUCGGUACACAGCAGCCCUGAAGACGGCGGCGGCGGCCGGGAGCGGCCGGUGGGCGGGAGCCCCGGCGGGCCGCGCCUGGUGAUCGGCUCCUUACCAGCUCACCUCUCGCCGCACAUGUUUGGAGGAUUUAAGUGCCCUGUAUGCUCAAAAUUUGUACCCUCAGAUGAAAUGGAUUUGCAUCUUGUAAUGUGUUUAACAAAGCCAAGAAUAACCUAUAAUGAGGAUGUACUGAGUAAAGAUGCUGGGGAAUGUGCAAUAUGCCUUGAAGAAUUGCAGCAGGGAGAUACUAUAGCACGACUGCCUUGUCUAUGCAUAUAUCAUAAAGGCUGCAUAGAUGAAUGGUUUGAAGUAAAUAGAUCUUGCCCUGAGCACCCUUCAGAUUAAGCAUCAGCUUCCUGUUUUAUAGGUUUUCUCGUCUUUACAAGAUGCUUGAAAAACCAAGAGGAUAUGAAGAUCUGUCUCUGGAGAAACAAAAAUGCAGGCAUACUCAGCCAGAAAUCUGAGUUUUGUGAGACUUGGUAAUACAGAGAUGGACAAUCAUACUGGGGUAAAAACCCUGCUGAAGAGAGGACAGUGACCACAGAACUCAGUGUACCAAACAUGCAUACAAAGGACACACAGGGAUUUUGAAAAUGCUGCAUAUCCCUUAAUAGUCAUCUACAUAGGUAAUACUGAUAAACAUUUUGUAUUCAGAUGCCAAAGUUAACUGAUUUCAAAGUUGAUUUACUUUUUAUUAAGUUCUCCAGAGCUGCACAACUAGUUAUAUUUUUAUUUGUUUUAUUUUUCAGUUUGGGGUCUCUUUGUUUUCCCCAACAUAAUGUUUCUGCAUUCAUCUGUUCUUAAAUUGAAAAACAUAUAAUUUACUUCUUAUAAAUUAAAGUGUUAAAUGUGAAACCAAGAAAUGUAAUCAAGCAGUAAAAACAUUCUCUGAAUGUAGACCAUGAUCUCAAGUUCUUCCAUUUUUUCCCCCAAGAGUGGAAAAUAGACUUCUACAUAGGAAAGCUAAAAUAUGUUAAUAUUUUUAAAUUAAAGGUUUAAUAUCAGAAUGCAGUCCAAAGAGCAAAUCACAUUACAUAAUUACAUUUUAAUUAAAUAUAGAAUAUUCUACUGAAUUGCAAUUUAUUAAAUAUUCUUAUCCUCUUAAAACUGCUCAGCAGUUAAUCAGCAGUGAAUCAUCUUGCAGCUAUGCAACUUAAAAAAAAUACAGAUUACCAAUUUUAAGUGCUGCCAGCUAAAAUAACUGUUUUAACGGGUAUCUUUUGUUUGUUCUUUUCAUGUAAUUAUUUUAUUGUGCUUUGCAUCUCCAGGCAGUUCUCUCAAAUUUGGGUAAAAUGUUCAGCAGGCUGUAAACUUAAGAAAAGGGUAAAAUAAAAUUUUCUGGAGUGAAACUUGGAAUAAUUUGAGGGAGAUUUUAUAUACCUUAAAAAUUGUAAUUUAAUUGGGAUGCCAGAUUUAUAAUAAUUUGCAUCUUUAAUUUUCCAGAUAAUCUGGAGGUUAGCAUUUGAUAAAUGAUUUUUUUAAAGUAGAUAUGAAGAUUUUGUUAAUUUAUAAUUUAUUCAUGUGUUAUUACUGUAAUUGAAAAUGUUAUAGACACUUUUAAAUUCAGUUUGUAUAGAAAGAAAUGUGUUAAACAAAAUUAUGUUAAUAAAUAUUCCCACAUAAUACA